UGAGGGCGGAAGUGACGUCAUACAAGGAAGUACAGCUCGCCGCUGGCCGACAGCAGUCAGUAGCAGCGAUGGAUAGCAACAACAACAACAACAACAAUAAUAACAACAACAACAACAACAACCAGCGACGUUAGCUGGCGUUUGCCACCGCAUGAAGCCGGUGUAGUCUCCGCUGAGCUGAAGUGCUGAAUGUCCUGCUGCUGUGGGUGAAAAUGACACUGAGAUGACUCACCAGUGGCUUGGACAUCUUUGAUUUGACAGAAAAUGAGGCUUGCUGAGUUUGUCAGACUUGUCAUUGCUUGUAAUGAUUUCAGCUGUAAGCACAUAAAUCACGCUGACAUGGAUAACAAACUAUAAUGAAUCAUGUUUGUUGCUUUUUGCACAUCACACACACUAAAAAAACUAACCACAUAAAUUAUCGUUUAGUUUGUUUUGAAUGGCUUUCAGUUGAUAACCAUUGUUGACGAUGUCGCUGGGCGAGCAGUCUCAAAAGUGGUUUCCAACCCAUGUCCAAGCCACUGUUCUUCAAGCAACCGGUUUACAGCCCAAAGGCAAAAAUGGCACCAAUGAUGCCUACACCAUCAUUCAGCUGGGCAAAGAAAAGUACUCGACAUCAGUGGCAGAGAAGACACUUAACCCCGUCUGGAGAGAAGAAGCCUCGUUUGAAUUGCCUGGUUUACUUUUGGAGGGCAACCCAGAAGUAUAUGAACUCUGCCUGAUCGUGAUGCAUCGGUCUUUGGUUGGCAUGGACAAGUUCCUUGGUCAGAGGUACAUCAACCUGAAUGAAAUCUUUGAUAACAAGGAGCGAAAGAAAACUGACUGGUAUUCUUUGGAGUCCAAGCCGGGGAAGAAAAAGAAAGAACGAGGCCGUAUCCAAGUAAGCAUCCAGUUCAUGAGGAACAACAUGACAGCCAGCAUGUUUGACCUCUCCAUGAAGGAGAAGCCCCGCUCGCCUUUUUCCAAACUUAAGGACAAAAUGAAGGGUCGCAAACAUGAUGGUGGCUUUUCUGACACGUCAUCUGCCAUCUUGCCGCGCUCCGCCAUGUGCGACUCGGAGCCGAACCGCCAAUCCUUCAUUCCGGAACCACAACCUCAGCACGAAGCAAAGGCCAAAAGAUCACUACUCGCCGGGACCCAUAAGCUCUCUGCAGCCCAUUCCAUGUCGGAUCUCAUUGGGAGCCACUUUCGGCCCAAAUUGGACUCCAUGAACUCCAUCGAAGAGAGUGGCCCUCACAGGCGUUCCCAGAGCGAGGUGCCAGGCUACCAGGAUGGCGAGGCACACAGUGACCCUUUCACUGAUAUCAGUGACACCCUGCCACAGAAGUAUGCCACGCUCCCACGCAACCGCAACCCAUUUGAGGGAGAGCACGGGCAGCUGUGGGACCGGGCGGAGCGGAAGGAGAAAAAGGAGAAGGUCAGCCUACUGGAACGUGUGACGGGAAAGAAGGAAGGCCGCAAGACCAGCAACGGGGGACGUUCGGGCAGCUCUGGAGACCUGCGUUCCCCUAACCCCUUUAGUGGAGAUUCACAAGCAGACACUAACCCGUUCAGCUCCAACUACAAAGCCAGUGAUAAAAAGUCAGCAAGAAAUGAAGACAUCACCUUUGGCCAGAAGAAGGACGUCUACGGCAAGAAAAAUGAAGUCAAAGAAAGCGUGGCUGCCUAUAGCAACUUAUCCUUUGAGGAAGUCGUGCAGGAACUCAUCAAGCAGAAAGAAGUGGUGAAAAAGAAAGACGCCCACAUCAGGGAGCUGGAAGACUACAUCGAUAACCUGCUUGUGCGUGUCAUGGAGGAGACGCCGAGCAUUCUACGGACGCCCUAUGAGCCAAAAAAGAAGGCGGGUAAACUUUGUAAAAAGUAGAAGAAGAAAAAACAUGGGAUAAAAAGUUACUAAUAAAGGGUUAGCGGUAGCUCAUGUAUCGGUAUCAUUUGGUCAGAUAAGUGGGAACAAGUGGGAUUGAUUAAGGCCAAAUUAGUGAUUGAUUUUGCUUUAGAAUUUGUAUUUGAUGGUUUAGUUUUUAUAGACUUGUUUUUCAGAGUUUUGGUUCUUUUAGUUCACGCAGAUUUUUGCCCUCUUUUUUUUGGCAGAAAUCUCAUUCCAAUAUUUCAGUUUUAACACGACUCCUAUGGAUACUUGCUGUGGGGCAUUUUUAGGUGCUUAAACAGGGAAAAGAAAAACAUCAUUGGUUGACUCAAGUCACAUCAAAUCCAUAUUUUUAAUUAGGUUUAGCUAUAUUGUCUGUUGGACACACAGCUGCCAUCAUCUUCCCAGAGUCCUAAGGUGCAAUUGCAGCCAAAUUCAUGUUUACCAAAUGCUGUAGUCGCAGUUGUGUGCUUGUUUGCUGGAAGAUGGUCAAGUAGGUGAUAAGAUGAAGCUGUAGUUAAAGUGUUUACAGUCAAACACAAAUCUUAAACUUGACACAUAAACUACAAAAAAAAAAAAAUAGCGGCUGCGGCUUUGUUCCGAGAAUCUUCCGCAAUCUCCUGAGUGAUUAAUGGGCAGUCUUAGAAGGAACGGCUGACAGUUAAAGUAAAGAGUCGAGUCUGGUUUAUUUCGAGUUUACUGAGUCAUGCAUUUUUUUACUGCAAAAUGAACAAACAUCUACAUUCCUUAUCAGUUACUGACUUUUCAUGCUUAAUUUUUGAUUCUUUGUUUUUUAUUUGUGAUGACUAUCAUUUAAGUUUCUCGGUCCGGGGCUCUCGCUCGCUGAAGGUGAUCAUUUUACUGACUUUAAGUGCAAUAAUCAAUGAGUAUCUUUUUAUUCUGCUAAUGUUCUUGUUUACACUUUAAUCACAUCUUUGAGUUCAGCUCAUCUUAAUAUUGAUUUGAUUCACUGGAAAAAGCUUGUAAUUCUUUGUUGCAGAUUGCCCAGCUUUUAUCUCUUUCAAAACAUUGUAUUGAUGGUACCUAGCUGCACAUGUGGACAUAUGCUGAACAAUCCGUAUUUAUAAAUGUUUCACAGCACAUAAUUAUUUUAAUGUAUUUGUAUGUUACUACUGUAUCCCAGUACCCCCUCCCUUACCACCUUUUCUACUGUAUUAACACUGUACAGUGAAAACGAAUCCCAACAGAAACGGCUCAUUUGAUGAAGUAUUCAUGUAUUAAAGUCUUACUUAUACAAUUUUUAUAUGUAAAGUACUAGUCACAGAUUUAAUUAUUUACUGUGCCUCCAGUAUAUUUCAGCUACUCCUUUCUUUUUGAGUUGUCAAAACAGUCCAAAUUCAAGCAUGUACGCGUGUCUCGCUAGUUCACUGAUUGCUAAUAAGAACCAGUUCUUAAUUGUUCGAGGUAAACAUCCAGUGUGUGUCAUUCAGGUCACAAAUAACUGUUUGACAGCAUAUGUCAGAAGCUAACUGUCCUCAUUUCACAGUUUUAUGUCAUCUCAUAUGUCGCCUCAGUCUGUGAUGUUAAUGUCAUAACAACAUAUGUUGUUUCCAUGUUAAAUGGCGCUCUUUAAUUCUCUUUAAUUUAUCACUUUCUACUGAACAAAUGCCAAGUGAGCUAUGGAGCAGCUGUUAGAUCGCACUGCUGGUACUAAAAAGAACUAAACGACUCAAAGUUUUUAGUUUUUAUCACCAACACAUGUGCUUAUGUUAGUAGUUCAACAAUAGUUUGAUCAUUUAUUGUUGUUUAGGUUUACAUUUUUAAUUGUUUGUUCCUAUUUGAUGAAGAGUGCUUCAUGUACAGUGUUAAACAUGCCUUGUAUUGUCAUAGUUUACUUUACUCAAAGUUGCACACCAAUUUUAAUGAUAUAUGUAUAUAUCAAACCUCUUUAUCAGAUGAUGAUCCUCUCGUCCUUUUGCUGGUAUUAUUUCUGGUAUUUAUAUCUUCUUUUCUUUAAAAUAGUUGACCUUUACACUGUAUGAUACCAAAUCACAGCUGAGACAAAGCGCUACACUGUAUCUGUGGAAUGUCAGUAGUCAAAAACACUUCUCAAUUUUACUUUUUCAUGAAUGUUGCACCACACAGAAACACUUUUUUUUUUCUGUUAUGUGCUAAUUAUUUCUGCUGCUGUGAAAGUAGUUCUUUCAUCUGAAGGUAUGUGAUCUCUUUUUGGACUCGAAGCCAAAAUCUCUUGUUACUGAAUGUAUUCUGGUUGGCUUUGAAACCCACAAUUCUGAAAUGUAUAAUAAUAAUACACAGUACACUAACAAGGCCAUUGAACCUUGCUUGCCUUUGAAGUAUUUGGUGUAUCCAAAGAGAUCAUUUCACACGGACGGUACCUUCUUCUGUUCGUCUGACAAAACUCAGACGGCUUCAUUAUGGAUGUGCGAUGAUGUGAUGCAGAUGUUGGGUAAAUUCCUUUGUAAAAAUCUGAUUUGCAUAUAUUUUGUAAAACCAAAAAAUGUUGGAAUUAGUGCAUAAAUUGAUGAGUAUUAUGUGACGCUAAUUAAGAAGACGUGUGAAUAAGAAUCUGUUUUCCAUGAAGAAAAGCUUCUCACGGAUUGCCUUCUUACUUGUGCUGAAGUGUAAACUCUCUGUAUCCUCUUGUUACAGGCUUUACCAACAGCUUUAACUAGUCUGUACUGGUAUUUAGCCAGUUGUUUAUGGACCUUGCGGAGCUCCUAAUACUUCCUUUUGUACAUAUUGUAUAGUCACAUUGUCAUAUCACUUCACUUCCAUUGACUUUUUGCACAUUUUGUUGUGCUGUGAAAUGUUUGAAAAUGUGCUUCACUGAUGGGUCAGUCCAAGUGCAAGUCAACUUAAAAGGACAUUUUAAAAGUGAUAAUAAAAGUGUUUACCACCCAUCUUCUGUUUGAGCUGAACUGACAUUGGCAAACUGCUUUAAUUGUGACUUUCAGACUUUUGUAGCUGUAGCUUUAACUUUGCUUGCAAAGAAAAUACACAGAUUUUUGGCAGUGGUAUUUUGGAAUAGGUUAUCAUAGAGUGACACUCAUACAGAGUAUGGGACAGGUGAUGUACACUUAUGUGUGCCCGAUUGCUUUGCUUGAAUGAUGAAAUAACAAAAGAUAAAGUCUUAACAAUAUGUUAAAUUCAUUUGGACACUGAGGUUCAAAUGAAAAACGAGGGGUGAGUAGUUCAAAUUAAUUAAUUUUGCCUGUCAUUUUUUCUUUUAGCCUGAUUGCUACGUUUGCUUUAUGCUUUAAUUUCAUUUGGCGCUUUGCUAGAUGUCAGACUGAAACACAAAAUCUAAAUGAAAAGCAUUUUCAAAUCAUUUCCGAGCACAACAGUGUAAAGGGGAACAUUGCAAAAAAGCCCUGCAUCAUUAUUAUACUUCUUUCACGCCACUUUGCAUAUUCAUCAUCCAAUUAAUGCCGGUGUUUGAAUAUGCAAAAGCACUCAAAAUGCUUAGAGGCAAAAUUUCCUCUAAAAUCUGGCCAUGGCCUGCGUCAUAAUUGAAGUUUUAUAUAGACUGUUUUGCACAUGCAUCAAAGUGUGUUGUAAGUGUUGUAGGUGAAUGUCUGCCCCAUUACGAAAAAAUAGUGCAAACACAUGGGGAUUUUUUUUUUUUCCUCGUUGACGAAGCAUGCAUUGAACCUUUUGUUGAAGAUGACGUAAAAAGCUUGAAUCGGAUCUCACAAUCCUCCUCUGGCACUCUUUUUAAAGUCUUCUACUGAUAAUAUGAUGCUGCUUGCCAUAGGCCACAUACAGCUGCCAGACACUAAGACUUAAGCCCCCUAUAAAUCCCCUGACGGUGCUUGUAAUGUGGCACACACAGUUUUGACGGGAAUGAUGAGUGUGUUUAUGAAAGAUCUCGCCAGUUAGUGAAGCUUCAUUUCGAGUUUACAGACAUGUAUGGAGGCUGGUGUACAGAGACCAACGCAAUUAAGCAUAACGAGUUGAGUUUAGGGCGGUUCACAGCAGGAAGGUUCCUGGUUUGAACCUCUGCUUGGGUUUGCAUGUCCUCCCCGUGUCUGUGUGGGUUCUCUUCGGGUACUCUUGACUUCCUCUCACAGUACGUGACAUGCACUUAAUAGGUUAGUUGGUGAGUGUAGUGGCUGUUUGCGUCUAUGUGCCCUGUGAUGAACUGGUGACUUGUCCGGGGUGUACCCCACCUCUUAUCCUAAGUCAGCUGGGAUAGGCUCCAGCUUCACCGUGACCCUGAUGAGGAUAAGCGGUUGCAGAUAAUGGAUGGAUGGAGUUGAGUUUAGAGCCCGAAAACAGUUUGAUACUAACAGUUCUGGUGUGUACGGGGUGUCACAGUUCUUUCAGGCACAUGCCUUUAUAUUGUAACAAGAUAAAGUAAAUGGAAUGUCAGUCACAUGUUUUGAUUAUUAUUAACACUUUAUAUUACUGCUAAAUUAUAUGACAUCUUCCUGAAACCCUCCACCCUAAUUCCACUUGAUUUUCAUCAACCCUCAUCUCUCGACCUGUAGUGUAAAGUAUUGAACUUUCAUAGCCAAUAUGCAAGACUUUCAUACCUGGAUGUUUGGGGACACGAAUGUAUGGCUUUUUUUAUGUAGUUCUGGAAACACUUUGGGCUCUAGAAGACGUAUGCAUUAUGAGAACAGUGUAAUGCUGUUAAUGGUGACUAUAUGUAAAGUGCCAACACAAGCACUAAUUCAGUUUGGUGAUGUAUUUCUUAAUAUUCACCUAUUCUCCAUGUACUACAGUUUGAAACAUUAACUUUUAGAUAUUCUCAUCACCAUCGUUGUAAUCAAAUCCCAAUGAUCUACUGGAUGUAGUUUGAAAGGCACAAGCAAGAUUGUAUUGUCCUUUUCAAUAAACUCACUCUAAAUGAAAA